AUGAAGUUCUCUCUUACUACUACUACUACGCUUUGCGUUGCUCUUUUCAUUGCAAUUGCUCAAGCCGCUUGCGAUUGUGCACCCUCCAACACCACCUGCUUGGCUGAUUGUGUGACCUCGGCUAAUGAUUGUAUCCAAAAUUGUCGCGACAAUUCUGAAUGCUACACCAAUUGUAUCGAUACCCAUUGGCCUACAAGCGCACCUUCUUCUGCUCUACCCACAACUGCUUCCUCCUCAGCAGUACCCUCCGCUUCUUCAAUGGCAUCUUUGUCGGCUUCCAGUGCUUCUUCCUCUGAAUCGGCUACUGCUACACCUACUCCAAACUCAGCAUCUUCCAGUGUCUCGCGUUCAAUGAUUCCCCUUUUCAUUGUCUUUUUGAUUCUUCCUUUGUUGUAA